AUGUCUUUGGUUCAGAAGGAAGAGAGGAAAUCGCAGAUCGCUGAGAAUGAAGAUCAUGAUUGUGCUGCUGACGUCUCCGUGAGGAAUCCUAAUUUGCAGAAUCAGGCUUAUCUGGAUAGCCGAUUCAAAGAAAUUGUAUUCGUUGGAUUUUGCAUGCUUUCGCAGCUGUUAAAUCAGGCUGCCACGACCCAAGCAAAUCCGCUUUUCAAUGUGAUCUCUCGUUCUCUCGAAUCAGGAACAUCUCAGCAAACAUGGCUAAUGGCAGCAUUUCCGAUGGUUUCUGGGUCUUUUAUCCUGGUUAGUGGGAAGGUUGGAGAUAUUUAUGGUCUUAAAAAAACGCUGAUAGGUGGAUAUAUUGUGGUCAUAAUCUGGUCAUUGAUUUGUGGCCUAAGCUCUUACGCUCGCAACGUGAACUUUUUCAUUGUUUCAAGGGCUUUUCAAGGUCUUGGUAUCGCUUUUAUUUUGCCCAAUGUUAUGGGUACUGUUGGCAACAUUUAUGUCCCGAAUACUAAGGCCAAAAACCUGAUCUUUAGCUUGAUAGGUUCAUGUGCUCCGAUUGGCGCCACAAUGGGAUGCCUUUUCUCUGGAUUGAUAGGCGAAAAGUCUCGAAUCUGGGCAUGGGCAUUUUACGCAUAUGCUUUGACUGCGGCCUUGAAUCUUUGUGUGGCAAUUUGGAUCAUUCCCAAUAAUAUACCAACAAAUGUUCACAAGUUCAAAAUGGACUGGUUAGGUGCGGGAUUGGGUGUGGUGGGGCUUAUCUUACUAAACUUUGUAUGGAAUCAAGCACCUAUCACUGGUUGGAACGAAACAUAUAUCAUAGUUUUGUUGAUCGUGUCUGUUAUUCUUCUCACUGGGUUUUUUGUAUUCGAGGCGAAACUGGCCGCAGAGCCUCUCUUGCCACGGGCUGUUAUGAAAAACCGUCGACUUCUAAUGAUUUUGGCAUCUUUGUUUUUUGGAUGGGGAUCUUUCGGUAUUUGGACUUUCUACUAUAUGUCAUUUGUUCUAAACCUCCGACAUUACACUCCACUAUGGGCAGGUGGGACAUAUUUUAUGUUUGCAAUAUGGGGAAUUGUAGCAGCUUUAUUAGUUGGCUAUACUCUACAUAUUUGCGGGCCGGCAGUUAUUUUGCUAGCAUCCAUGAUCGCUUUCGACUGUGGGUGCAUAAUGCUGUCUGUCACUCCGGUCAAUCAAAGCUACUUCAAAAUGACUUUGGGAAUCAUGAUCAUUUUGAGUUUUGGCAUGGACUUAUCGUUUCCAGCAUCAUCGAUCAUUGUAAGCGAUGAGUUACCAGGACAGUAUCAAGGAAUGGCAGGUUCGCUGGUCAGUACGAUGGUGAGCUAUUCAAGCUCGUUAUGCUUGGGAAUAGGGACCACUGCUGAGCACUAUAUCAACAAAGAUGGCUCAAGAUUACUUGAAGGGUACAGAGCAGCACUCUAUGUUGGAAUAGGGCUCGCUUCCAUAGCUGUCCUUAUCAGCGCUACAUACUUAAUCGAAGAGCUAUGGGCGAAACGCAAAGUUCUGUAUGCUACAAAAUCCAAGAGCGAUUCUACACAAUUCGAAUAG